GUGCAUUUCACGACAUCUGUCAAAGGUGGCCGAUGAAGAAAAUGGCUGACGAAAACGAUAUUUUGGAAAGUUGGGAGGAGUUAGACGAUAAAGAGGUUCUUGAUAAAAGGUUACAAGAUAUCAAGAUUACACAGCCUGAGAAGAAUGGCACUGAUGAUGGGGUAUCACAGAUGAAGGAGGAAGGGAGUAGAACUCAGUAUACACCUCAGGUUCGAAUCCUUAAAAGAUCUACAGACGACAAUGCCGAAAGUGCCAAAAAUAAUAAAUCAAAAGUUCAGGUACAACCACAGAAAACACUACAGCAGCGUGAGGCGGAAUAUAAAGAGGCGAGGUUGAGGAUUCUGGGAGAAGACUAUUCUGGUGCUGCAGAGAAUUGUAAUAACUCGGCAACAGUCCCUGAAUCCAA